GUAAUUUUAAAUAUUAAUUAUAAAUAACAUUAUUUAAAUGGAAAUUAUUCGACGUACUCAAAAAUUGAGUUAUAUAUUUUUACCAACAUUUUUGAAUUCAGUUUCUUUUCAUGUAAAAUAUGUACAUUCAAAUUCAACAAUGCCAAUUAUAACACAAGAAACAAUAAAGAAAAUAGAACAAUUAUCUUUACUUAAUUUUGAUAGAGAUUAUAGCAUUUCUGUUUUAAAAGCUGCAAUUAUUUUUACAGAACAUUUACGCAAUACAAAGAUUGAUAAUGAAAUCAAACCUAUGUACAAUCCACUUGAAGAAAAAUCAAUUUUUUUACGAAAUGAUAAUUUAGAAAAUAAUAUAUCUAAACAAGAAAUUUUAAAGAAUGCUGCUGUUUUAGAAGAAGAAUAUUUUAUAACACCAUUGCAAACUAUUUCAAAAACAUAAUGAAUAUAGCAAAUAUAUUAAAAGAAUUAAGUCCACA